UGGCAGUCGGAGGGGAGAGGAACCGGGAUGGAUCUGGUAGCCGGCGGGGAAGCUGGGUUGGCCGCUGCUCAGAAACAGCUCCGCGAUGAGGUGGCCGAGAAAUGCCAGAAGUUGUUUCAAGACUUUCUCGAACAAUUCCAGAAUACUGAUGGAGAAGUUAAAUACUUGCAAGAUGCAGAAGAGCUAAUUCGUCCAGAGAGAAACACCUUAACUGUAAGUUUUGAGGAUCUGGAGCAAUUCAAUCAACAACUUGCUACCACAAUCCAAGAAGAGUUCUAUAGAGUGUACCCUUUCUUGUGUCGGGCUGUAAAAACAUUCGCCAAAGAUCACGGAACUGUUCCUCCUAACAAAGAUUUUUAUGUGGCUUUCCAAGAUUUACCUACAAGGCACAAAAUUCGAGAAAUGACUUCAGCCCGCAUCGGAUCCCUCAUACGUAUUAGCGGACAAGUAGUUCGUACCCACCCGGUUCACCCAGAGCUUGUCAGUGGAACCUUUCUCUGUCUGGAUUGCCAGACGGUGAUAAAAGACGUGGAGCAGCAGUUCAAGUACACACAGCCCAACAUCUGUAGAAACCCAGUCUGUGCCAAUAGGAAGCGAUUUCUUCUGGAUACAAACAGAUCCCGGUUUGUUGACUUCCAAAAGGUUCGCAUUCAAGAAACCCAGGCUGAAUUGCCUCGGGGGAGCAUUCCUCGUAGCGUCGAAGUCAUCUUGCGUGCUGAGGCUGUAGAGUCUGCGCAGGCUGGUGACAAGUGUGACUUCACAGGGUCUCUCAUUGUCGUGCCAGAUGUAUCACAACUGUCCACCCCAGGUGUACGAGCAGAAACUGGUUCUCGUGUGACUGGAAAAGAAGGCUAUGAAUCUGAAGGCGUCCGAGGUCUUCGGGCACUUGGAGUCAGAGAGCUGUCCUAUAAAUUGGUCUUUCUAGCCUGUUACGUCGCUCCAACAAACCCCAGGUUUGGAGGCAAAGAACUUCGAGACGAGGAACAAACUGCAGAAAACAUUAAAAAUCAGAUGUCUGUGAUGGAAUGGGAAAAAGUAUUUGAAAUGAGCCAAGAUAAAAACCUGUACCACAACCUUUGUACAAGCCUCUUUCCCACCAUACAUGGUAAUGAUGAAGUAAAGCGGGGGAUUUUGCUCAUGCUAUUUGGUGGAGUUCCUAAAACAACAGCAGAGGGCACUUCAUUACGUGGUGACAUCAAUGUUUGCGUAGUUGGUGAUCCGAGUACUGCCAAAAGCCAGUUUUUAAAGCAUGUGGAAGAAUUCAGCCCCCGAGCUGUCUACACCAGUGGAAAGGCCUCUAGUGCAGCUGGCUUAACUGCUGCUGUGGUGAAAGACGAAGAGUCCUAUGAGUUCGUUAUUGAAGCUGGGGCACUCAUGUUGGCAGAUAAUGGAGUGUGUUGCAUUGAUGAAUUUGACAAAAUGGAUAUGAGAGACCAAGUUGCCAUCCAUGAAGCAAUGGAGCAGCAAACUAUAUCCAUUACCAAGGCUGGAGUUAAGGCCACUUUAAAUGCUAGAACAUCAAUUUUGGCAGCAGCAAAUCCAGUUGGUGGACGUUAUGAUAGAGCCAAGUCUUUGAAACAGAAUAUAAACUUAUCAGCCCCUAUCAUGUCUAGAUUUGAUCUUUUCUUUAUUCUUGUGGAUGAGUGCAAUGAGGUAACAGAUUAUGCUAUUGCAAGGCGCAUUGUGGAUCUUCAUUCUAGGAUAGAUGAAUCAAUUGAUCGUAUAUAUACGCUUGAUGAAAUCCGAAGAUACCUUCUCUUUGCCAGGCAAUUUAAACCAAAGAUUUCUAAAGAGUCAGAAGAUUUUAUUGUCGAACACUAUAAGCGCUUACGCCAAAGGGAUGGUUCUGGUGUCACAAAAUCUUCAUGGAGAAUCACUGUGCGACAACUGGAAAGCAUGAUACGACUGUCAGAAGCCAUGGCACGGAUGCAUUGCAGUGAUGAGGAGAGGAAGACAACGUACUUACUAAUGGCUUAGUAAAUGGUACCAGUGACCCUGUAGAUGAUUCAAAUAAAGAUGUGGCACCAAAGGCUUCUCUGAGACUUAGUUUUCCUGAAUAUCAAAGAAUCUCUAACCUCAUUGUAAUGCAUCUAAGAAGAUCUGAAGAAGAAAAUGAUGCUGCCUUAAAAAAGAGUGAACUCAUCAACUGGUAUUUAAAAGAAAUUGAAUCUGAAAUAGAUUCUGAAGAAGAACUCAUAAAUAAAAAGAAAGUAAUCGAAAGAGUGAUUCAUCGUCUUACACACUAUGAUCACAUUCUAAUUGAACUCACACAUUCAGGAUUAAAAGAUUCCGUGGAAGUACAGAGCUUUGACGAAGACCCCUAUCUUGUCGUUAAUCCUAACUACUUGCUGGAGGAUUAGAGACUGAGGGAACAGUGCUACAAAAUCCAUUUCAUACCAGUGAGAUAAUAGCGCACUAGCUGAUACGCAUCAGUUGUAGAUAGCUGACUAAUCCGAGAUUUAUCUCGGAAUUCGCCUACCUUGCCUUUUUAAGUAAUCUUGUACAGAUAAAAGGAGGAAUUGUAAAACCUGGUUAAAGGAAACCAUUUUUUAAAGCUGACAUCUGCUUCUUCUGUAGUUUGCAUUUUAAAAAAUCAUAUGCAGUAGUUCAGUAAUGCAAUCUUACUCUGUAAAUCUCUUCUUAUUUGUGUCCAAUAAAUUAAAAAAGUUCACUAUAUAUGCAUUCAGUUUCAAAAUGAAUUGUUCAUGCAUGAAACAGAAAAUACAUUGCUUCAUACUUUUGGAAUAGCAUUUUC